AUGGCAAGCAACAACAGCACUACGUCCUCUCUUGAGGUAGCCAUUGUAGGUGGUGGCAUCAUCGGUGUCAUGACAGCUCUUGGCCUGAUAAACCGAGGCAUCAAAGUGACCAUUUACGAGCGCGCCUCCAACUGGCACGAGAUCGGCGCUGGGUUCUCUUUCACUGGCGUAGCCCAAGAGUGUAUGCGGCGCCUAGACCCUGGCAUACACGACGUGCUGAGCCGCAUCAGCCAGAAAUCGGACCCCGACAACGCAAGCACGAGCUACUGGGAUGCCUAUCACCCGCAGACAAAGCAGGAGGCCGAGGAUGAAUCGACAUCACUGCUCUUCCAAAUGCCGGGCAACAAGCUCGCAUUCUGGGGCUGUGUGCGCUCCCACUUCCUGCUAGGCAUGGCCGCCCUGCUACCUGAUGGCGUGGCCAAGUUCGGGAAGCAACUUGUGAGCUACGACGAUGACGACGCGAAUGUUACAGUCGUCCUCCGUUUUGCUGACGGCAGCACGGCGGAGGCACACGCUGUGCUUGGAUGCGACGGCAUCCACUCGACUACCCGAGAAGUGCUUCUCGGUGCCAAUCACCCGGCCACCCAUCCCAGCUACACCCAUACGGUUGCCUACCGAACGAUGCUGCCCAUCGACGCCGGCAUCGCUGCCCUCGGUAAGGCCAAGGCAAUGAGUGGCUGUAUGCACUGUGGUCCCAACGCCAACAUGAUGUCCUACCCCGUAAUGAACGCAACGCUCCUGAAUGUCGCCUUCUUUGCCCACGAGUCCUCAGAGUUCCCCGACCCCGAGAAAAUGACGGCUCCGGCCACACGCGACGAGCUCGAGCGUCUCGUGGUUGGCUGGGGCCCGCACUUUGUUGACAUUGCGAAGUGCUUCCCAGAAAACAUGGUCAAAUGGGGGAUCUUUGACAUGGACAAAAACCCGGCGCCAACGUAUGCUCGCAGCCGCGUCUGUCUUGCCGGUGACGCUGCUCAUGCCAGCAGUCCGUUCCAGGGUGUCGGUGCCUGCAUCGGUGUCGAAGACGCCCUUGUGCUUUGCGAGGCUUUGGCUACGGUGCAGCCCAGAAGUAGUGGCGGUAAUGACCAGAGAGAAGCCAUUGUACACGCACUGCAGGCUUAUAGCCAAGCAAGAAUGGAGCGUGGAAAGUGGGUUGUGCGCAGCUCGCGUGAGAUGGGCCAAAUGUACCAGUGGCGAUAUGGUCCGACAGGGCGGGAUGCUGAGAGGAGUAAAUUGAAGCUUGAGCGAGCCUCCCGAAUUAUAUGGGACUAUGAUGUUGAGAAGAUGGUAACAGAGAUCAAAGCUGCGGCUGCUUAA